AUGACAUCGAUAUCUACACUAGUUGAAACAAUUAACAUAAAUGCAAAAGAUUUUACUGAACAUUUUCUUACAUGCAGUACAUGUAUAAAUCAAUAUAGUUCAGAUAUUGAACAUCAACCAAAAUUAUUGCCAUGUUCACACACAGUUUGUCGACAAUGUUUAGAACGAAUUAUACACUCACAACCACGAACAGAUGCUAUAAAAUGUCCAAUAUGCCGCGAACAUAUUCUCUUACCAAGAGGUGGUGUAACAUCAUUUCCUCCAUCAUUCAUUGUCAAUCAAUUAUUAGAUUUAAUGUUACGUUUACGUCGUGAUGUGAUACCAAAAUGUUUAUGUCAUACAAAUGAAGAAUUAUUGUUUUGUGAAACAUGUGAUAAAAUAUUUUGUAUGCUCUGUGAUGAACAUCAAAUAUCAGCUGAACAUACCGUUGUACCAUUUUCAUUAGCAAUUAAACGAAUGAAUGAAAUUUUAUUUUUUAAAGCAUCAAAAAGUAUAUCUAUCGGUUGUCUAGAUCAGGCAUACAAAAUUGUUAACAGUGAAAUUAUUAGACUAGAUAGUAGUAUGGAAAAAGCAGCUGAAGCAAUAAAUCGUUCAUUUAAUGAAAUAAAAACGUAUGUUGAAAAUCGUCGACAUAAUUUAUUACAGUCAUUAAAAACAACGAAAGAUUCUAAAUUAAGAAUAUUAAAUGAUCAAUUAAAUGUCAUAUUAAAUGAAAAGAUGAAAAUUGAACAUGAAUGUGCAAUAUUUCAACAACAGUCCGAUAUUCAUGUACUAACCCAACGUAUUCAAGAGUUAAAUGAUCGUAUUGAACGAAUGUCAUUAUUAGGUGAACCACGUGAAAAUUCAUUUAUGAAAUUUGAAUUUCGUCAUAAUCAAGCUCUACAAGACCUCGCUCGUUCACUCAACAGUGUUGGACGUAUUCGUGUAUCAUCAACGUAUCCACCAUUAUGUAAAGCAAAAAUAGAUCCAGCUGUAUCAAAUCUACAAUGUUGUAUACAAAUAGAAACUGUUGAUUAUAAUGGAAAUAUUCGAGUUGACGGUGGUGAUCCAUUGACAGUGAAUAUUUGGGAUCCAUAUGGAAAACUAUGUGAAUAUGAUCUCAGUGAUAAACAAAGUGGAUCAUAUUAUAUCACGUUUCGACCAAUGAUGUCUGGAAAACAUAAAGUCGAUAUUAGGAUAUUUGAUCGACCCAUUAGUGGAUCACCAUUGACAGUAGACGUAACAAAACAUAAUAAUCCUCUAUGGUAUUUUGGUAAACGUGGUCGAAAUAAUACAGAAUUAUCAAUGCCAGUUGGUGUUGUUGUUGAUUCAACUGAUUUUAUUUAUGUGUUGGAUCCGGGAAAUAGUAGAAUUAAAAAAUUAACGUCUGAUGGACAAUUUGUGACCCAUUUAGAUGUUGAUAAUUUAAUUGAAUCAACAUGUACUGGUUUAGCAUAUCAUUCGUCAUCGGAUACAUUUACUGUUAUUGAUUAUCGAACAAAAUGCAUUACAGAAUUUUCCUUUGACAAUUCAUCUAGUCAGAUACAAAUCAUAAAUCGUUUAACAUGUUCAUCUAAAAUAUUUUGUGAGCCAGUUCAAAUUCAACUGGUCAAUUCUAUCACUGAUUCACGUUUAGAAUAUCUCAUAUUAGACUCAAAUCAACUGCAUUUAAUAGAUAGUCAAACAGGUGAACUAUUGAAAACAUACGAUACAAAAUCGAAAAUAAAAACAAUCAAAUCAUACACAGUUGGUCUAAAAAACGAAUUAUACAUCGCUGAUAAAAAAAUUCAUAUUUAUUCUUAUGAUGGACAAUAUAUAAAACAGAUAAAUCAUCAACAACAAAUCGAUACAACAACAGAUAUUCAAAUACAUAAUGAACCGGAUUUAAUUACAUCAUUAGGUGUGAAUCAACAAAAACGACGUUCAAAAGUCAUCGCAAGUAUAAUAUCCCCUGAUGGCAAAGGUAGCACAACAACAACAAAUCGUGGAUUUUACACGGCAUUAUGUGUUGAUUCAAAUGGUCUACUAUUAGCGGCAAAAUGUGAGAAACAAUCGGCCAUAAUUGAAAUUUAUGAUCAAAAUGGUAUUUUAUUACGAGUUAUUGAUUCCUAUUCAAAUCGAUUAAAACGUCCAUGUUCACUGGCUGUUACACAAGAUGGAUGUGUAUAUUGUGUCGAUUUGACGACGGAUUCUAUUCGAAAAUAUCGUUAUGCUUGA